AUGACCAUGCAUACAACUUUGUUACUCAAAGCCAAUCCCUCCCACUUGAAAUGGAAGCAAUACCCUUUGCCUUUGCCACCUCAUCGAAUCACAAAGCCUGUUAAAUUCACUCCAAUAACACACGCUACAUAUAAAUACAACAGCUCUAUCAAAUGUGUGUUAUCGCGGAAGCAAUUAGAAAACUCGUCCACCUCAAAAUCCCCGUUGGAGGUUCUGGCGAGUACUUUAUCAAAUGCGCUGAAGGCGUUGCGAAAGCCGGCCAUAGCUGCGGUGUUGGUAGGGUUGCUCUUAAUGUACAACCCUAACUCUGCAUUAGCUGCCGCAGUAGGUCCAAUGGGUAGAAGUUGCUUUUCUUCUUGUUCGACCAAUCAAAAUCAGACAAAUCAGACCAAUAAAAAAAAUUCCAAGAAUGAAAGAACCACAUCGGAUCUAGAAGAAGAGGAAGAAGAAGGGUUCUCUUGCUCGUUGUCAGCUGAUGCUGCUCUAUUUCUUUUCUUUUUGAGCUUAACUUCCUCUAUAUUCGUUUCUCUCUAUCUUUUAGAUCGGUCUGAACGUAUACGUAGUAGCAAAAUCAGCAUUCUCAAGCUUCAGGUGUGGUCACUUUUAUGA